AUGACCAAAGUUCUUAACUCACUCGUUCGAUUAGACCCAGGGAACAAUUCACUUAGUGCUUCAAAUACUCACUCACCUGCCAUCACCUCACAACCCAUUCUCCUCAAAGAAGAGAAUACUUGGCAUGAUAAGUUGGGCAUCUGGAUUCCUAACGACCUCUUCCCUUAUGUAACCGAUGAACCUGUUUAUACUUCUAACAGACAGGCUAAAAUUAAAGGUCAACAUUACGAACCAGGAUGUAUAUACUGGUUAAAUGGUAUAAGAAAACGUAAAGCAGCUCACAAACUAGCUGUGCGACAACAAAAAGAAUAUGAAGCAAGGGAAGUUAAACGUCUUGCUUAUGAAGAAGAACUUUCUACUAGAGCUAAACUCUGGGGUACCUCCUCCAACCGUAUAGAGUAUCGUGAAGAUAUGUGCAAAGACCUUACUAACUUUCAAGAUCAUUUUCACAAGAAAAUCACCCCCUUAACUGACCGCCGUUCAGUUCUACAAAACAGACUUACACAAGGAAAAAACGUCUACAAAACUAACAAACAAUUGCUUCAACUAGAGCAAGAUUUUGGUUGUUUUAAUAUCGACUAUUUCUCAGUCAUGGAUGACUGCGCACCCCAUUACCGUUACAAAGGACACACGUCAGACGACACAAAACACCUUGAACUCAGACCACACAAACGUCCCCCUAUCCCAUCUACAAAUAUAGAUAGGCACAACUCUGAGGUCAAAAAAUUGAGACUAGACAUUCUGUCUCCAGAAGACUCUAAAGUCUUCACAUUGCCUUAA